AUUAAAUUAUGUGAUUAAUUUAAGGUUGUUGGUCUUUGCCCAACCCAGUAUACUAUUUGAUUUGUUCUUAUCCAAGAUGAAAAGAAUCCGCUAAAACAAAUAUUUUUUAUUUUAAAUGUUCGUCUUUCAUAGCUUCGUGCAAAUCGUUUGUGAUGAAAGUUAUGGAUCUUACCAACCACUGGGUACGAAAUUGAGGUUAUAAUAUUAUUAAUCAUCAACUCUGAAAAGUACUAAACUAGAUUGAUGAAGUCAAAUACCUUGCUGAAUAUAAUAAAAGCUUCCUAAUAAAUAGAGUAUUCAACAAGAAGCCAGCUUUGUGACUAGGGGGGAGUGAAGCUCAAAUCUGCAGGAAACAGGGUCUGCUCAACUCUUGUACUCUCUUUCAAGGAAAGAAAAGUUAACAUGAUAUAGGAGGGGUAGCAUCCAUAGAAUGAUCCAAGAAAUUUAGAUUUACUUUAGUGUGUGGUAAGAAACAAUCAUUCACUUCUGUUAUAUUUCCUUCCACCCAAGCUUCCACAAUGUCUAUUACUUGGUAAGAAAUCAAAAAAAACCUUCUUCAAUCACCUUGUGACACUCAUGCAUGAUGCAGAGAGGCAGAAAUUUCAUAUAAUAUCCCCCUAGUUUUCUGAACAUCCUUGUGGCCAAAAGUUGACACACAAUGGAGAGCCAGGUUCGUCAUGGAUUUGUUGCUGAGUAUUUAUAUUCCUUGCAAAAAUGUGAAGAAAUGUUAGUCUUGUGGGAUAAGGAAAUGGCAGAACUUGAGUGCCAUUUCAACUUAAGGGAGAAGCAUUCAAAGUCUAAGAAGCUUAAGGUUGCAAGUAGCAGCAGCAAGACCAGAAUGGUGAUUGGAACUUCAGAGGCUUUUAUGAAUGCUUCUGAGUGUGUCCCUUGUAUUGCUGAUACUAAAAGCAGGCCAAGAGAAAUGUACAGAAUUAAGGAUUGCAGAAGCAAAAAUAUGCUAAAAAGGGUUUUCCCAGUUGGUGAAUUAGAACAACUUAAUCAACGUCUGAAGAUGCUUGAAGAAGAUAUGGAGAAUAUGAAGCAAGCUAUACUUAGGCAAGUGAAGGAGAAGAGAAGGUUGGUGAACAGAAUUUACCAUUACUUUCAGUGUAUGCAAUAUAUGCUUUGGCAUAGAAGUGAAGUAAAAGGAGAACAACUUUACCAAAAGAGAUCGAUUAUCAAGACUCCAAAGUUUAUUACACAGGGAGAGAUGUAGAUUGCUUGCUUGGUCUUCUAGGAGAUAGCAAGUGGUUGAAUUAAGGGGAAAUAAACUUCUAAAGGCGUUCAUGUAGGUGCUCAUUUGAGAAACUUCUUGCUUUUGGCACUAGCUUUAAUCAUGAAACAGAUAAGCGGCAGCUGAAUGUAUGCAUUCACAUUUUCUAUGGUUUAACCAUAGCAUUUGACAAUCUUGCAGAUAUAAACACGUGUGUGUGUGUGUGUGUUUCCCUUUUGGCAUGGAAUUCUCCCCUUAAAAAGAAAAUUUUCAUGGUUUAGAGUAGUUUUCUUUUUCCCUUAUAAAUUUGGUAACAUAACGUCCAAGGUCGAACUCUUAACUUUUCUGUGAUCACCAUGUUUCAGCAGGAUUGUCAGGAAAUUGAAACUUGUUCAAGAAUCUAAUGAAACAUUGAUAGAUAUUCACUUUCUCUUAAAUUUGAGCAUAAAGUUAAAUGAGAUGUACCUGUUGGAUUAACACCAUGGAAACUGAAGUGCAUACUGAUUUAGAUCUUCAUCAUUUCCAUUCAUGGUUCUCUUAUUGAUUG